AUGUCAACACUUUACGAGGACUACAUGUCCACAGGUGGAUGCUGGAAGAAUGGCAUAAUAAUGAAAGAGAUUCGUUCAAUGAAUCGAAACGGCAAGAAGGGAUGCAGGCGAUGGCUGACGCGUAAGGCUAUGCUGCCUUACUUUGAGAAUGACGAGAAGGUCGUUGAUGCCAUAAUUUUGCGAAAGGAAUCCGAUCCCCAGCUGCUGGAGUCAGAAUGCAGGGAGCAUCCAGAAUGCCCAGGACUCAGACAAUACUUGACUCUUGUGGAAGACGAGGAGACAGCAGAGGAGGCCAUCGAGAUUUCCGAUCUCUUUCGUGCCGAAGCCACCGAGUCUUCGAGAAGCGCAUCCGAAGAUUCUGAUUCAGAUUCGUCCCCAGACAAGAAGAAGAAAAAAAAGAAGGGAGGAAAGGAUGGAAAGAAGUCAAAAAACAACAAGAAAGACAAGAAAAGCAAGAAAGGGAAUCGUGACAACAAGUCAAAGCGCAGAAGCAAGAACAAUGGUAAAAAGGGUAAGAAAGGCAAGAAAGAUGACGAUGAGGAUGAAGAAAAAAAGGUUGCCAAGAAGCUGAGGGCUGAAGCUAAGAAGGUUCUCAAUGGGCUCAGCAACAAGAUCAAAGCUUUGAACAACAGGAGCUCCAGUCUGCGCGAAGCCCUUCGGGAUGAUUUGGAAAAAUCGGCGAAGAAGCUCACGAUUUCAAGGGCCAACUUGCAGAACGCUCUCGACGCAGACCAGGAUUUGACUAAGCGCGGUAUAUUGCAUGCACAAGGUAUGGGGGAUUUGGUCUUUUCAUGCUGCAUUCAGGACGAUGAGAUCUCAACGGCUACUUUGAAGGCCAAGGAUGCGGCCGAGCAUGCCGAGCAUACGCUUCAGCUAAAGAAGCCAAAGUGUGCAAAGGAAGACAAGUAG